UUACACAGGAUUUGAUUGGUCGAUAAGAUUUAAUAGAUUGCAUCGGAUUUGGUCGGAUUUGAUCGGAUUUGAUACGAUAAAAUUACGUUUGGCUUACUUAUUUUUUAACGUGUACGACAUUUUGACGUUUGACCUCAUGCCAAAAUAGAGAAAGCGAGGGAAAAGUUUGGAGGCCAGUUCUAUCAAAGAAAAAGCGGCGUGAAUCUGUCCGGAGCAGGAGGAAGGCCACGGAACAUUCUCUCGGGUUGCGCGUGUCCAAGUGGGCGGCCAGCGCCACGGAACAGUCUCUCGGUGGCAGGCAGGACGCGACGACGAUUUCCGCCCAGUUUUCUUUGUGACUGCGCGAGAAAGCCGUGUGAAUCCGCCCGGAAGCUGUGAGCCACGGAACAUUCUCUCGGGUUGCGCGUGUCCAAGUGGGCGGCCAGCGCCACGGAACAGUCUCUCGGUGGCAGGCAGGACGCGACGACGAUUUCCGCCCAGUUUUCUUUGUGUGCAGAACGUCGGACAUCGUAGUACGAAAAGCUGCACAUCGAUCCACUGUGGAAUGGACAAUUUCUGGAAAGAAAUUUCGCAAGUCUGCGGUCCUGUUUCGUCAAGGAUACGGCUAAUCCUCGAAGAAGUAGGCUACAUACACUCUGGGUUAGCUCAUUUAGAAGAAGCUGAAAUCGCAGAAAUCGAGAACGCCGUGCGGUCUUUCCCACAAACAUCAGAGCGAUCGGAAGCCGAGUGGCAGCAACUGCUCGGAUUCAGGAAACCACUGAGACAGUUUCAGUUUCUGUUGGGCGAGCGGAGCUUGUUGAAGGAGGUGAGCCGUUGUGUGCGCGAACAUGGCAUAGCAAAAUUUUGCAAGAAAUUGCUGCAGCAAGAUUCCGCUUCGAAGCCGGUUCCGCGUGUGCUGGAGCAACAGAACGAGGCUGUACGGCGAAAGGUUGUUGAGUAUUACGAGAGCAUGUGUUCUGACCAAGACAGUCAACAUUUGUUGGCCUUCUCCUCGAAACUCCCAUCCAUGCAGGUCCGCGUGUCCUCCGACGAGUAUGGACUUAAAGCCGAUCUCGAAUGUCCUCUUUGCUCGACCGUUUUGCUGAUCCGUCAAGAAAGAACUGGGUCGUGGAAAAUUUCUAAUUUCACGGCCCAUAUCCGAAAGCAUCAUUCCGAUCAACAGCACACGACGACAUCGGUGAGGGCAAAGAAGAAGCGACCCAACAACAGGAACGAUUCAAGUGGGCCAUACUACAAAAGCCGGCAUAUUAACGAUCAACCUUCUGGCAGCUCCUAUUCCGGAGACUUUGUUGAUCUUUGUACAGAAGAUGACCAAUCCAACCGCCAGCGCGAAACUUUGUCGAGUUUAAUUAUCGAAGUUUUCCAGCAGAAGAAAGAACAGUGGGAAGAAAAUCAGUAUUUCGAGGAGCAUCAGCAGCCCGAAGAUCAGCAGCAGCUCGAAGAACCACAACACUUCGAGGACCAACAGCAGCUCGAAGAACCACAGCACCUCGAGUAUCAACAACAGGUUGAGGAACAAGAACAGGUCGAGGAACAAGAACAGGUCGAGGAACAAGAACAGGUCGAGGAACAAGAACAGGUCGAGGAACAAGAACAGGUCGAGGAACAAGAACAGGUCGAGGAACAAGAACAUGUCGAGGAACAAGAACAGGUCGAGGGACAGCAGCGAGAAGAACAAGAGGAACUGCAGUGGGACGAUCACCUGCAAGAUAAGCACGAGCAUCAACAGGGUUCAAACUUUUUAAACUAGAUGGGCACUACAAUGCGGCCGAAAGUAGUGCCACCGAAAGCUCGGCCAAUUCCACAACGUUGGAUCUUCUAGUUGAAUGCCACAGUAGACUUGCAAACCGAUCUGCUCAGGGACGACGAUACAAUGCCAAGGAGAAAGACUUCUUCACUUAUCGAUACAUUCAGGGCGGAAAAGUCAUGUACAACUUUGACAAUGCCAAUUCAAUCUCGCCGAACGUACGCACCGUGCAGCGCCAUUUAAAAACCAUUAGCCAUGGAGUAGAACCGGACCAUUUGCGAAUUGCAGAUUUUCUGAACUUUUUAAAAAACAACAACCUCCCGAAAGUCUUCGUUCUCAGUGAAGAUGCCACGAGAAUAAGUGGUGGAUUUGGGUACGAUGCUUCCCGUGAUCAGAUUUUCGGUCUGGUUCCGCCAAUGGAUCAGCAUGGUAUGCCCAUGAAGAUGUUUUUUCCCGCUUCAACGCCAAACAAAGUACUCGAGUACAUAAGGGACUAUCCAGUAGGACGGAAUCUCUACGUAACAAUGGCUCAACCGUUGAAAUCUGGUGCAGCGUCAUUCUGUCUUAUGUACACCUGCAGCGACAACAAGUUCCGUACCGACGAUGUGCUUCGUAGAUGGGCACAUAUUGAUGAACAAUGUGCAGAGAACGACUUGGACCUGGUUUGCAGAGCAGCCGACGGAGAUCCGCGCAUUGUUCCGGCAAUGCUGAUAGAAAUGGGCAUGCCAUUUAGUGGCGAAAAUCCGUUCGGAUCGUGGUACGUGGCCAAGUUUGCAGUCCGUAAAAUUUGUAUGCAAGACCCAACACAUGACCUCAACAAGCUGAGAAUGCGUCUAAUGAAAGUGGAGAAAAGACUUAUCCUCGGCAACCUGACGAUAUCCAGUGUACAUCUACGAGAACUGAUGAAACUCAACCGGGACAUACACGGAUUAUUCCCAUCAGAUUUGAGCUGCGUGGAUAAAAUGAAGUUUAGACCGGUGGAAAAAUUAAUUCACCCACGAGUCGCUGAUUCACUCCGUUUGCAUGUUCCGGAUGCAAAAGGAACUGCUGUUUAUUUAGACGUGAUGAGAAUGUUUAAAUCGGCAUUCAUGGACGCUGACUUGUCCCCUGAGCAAAGAAUAUUCAACGCUUGGUAUGUUCAGUUAACAUUUAAAUUCUUCAAAAUCAAUAACAUUAUCUGUUUUGGUUACAGGACCUGUUUGUUUUUCUUUAGAGCAUGGAGAAAUUCAUCAAUUACAAAGCGAAAAACGGUUGAAAAUUGUAUCACCACGAACUGUUACUGGGGGAUCGAAAUCAAUGCCCACGCCCUUAUCAACUUCACCGUGUUGUGCAGAGAGAAAAACUACGAGUUUGAUAUAACCUUGCUGCAAAGCCAAACCUGCGAGUCCUUUUUCCGAGCAGCCCGAUCUUUUACCUCGACUGAGUCAACUGUCGUAAAUUUCAACAUGCAGACAUUUGAAUCACGUCUAAACCGAAUCGAGGCAAAGAUUGGGAUUAUGCACAGCAGAAAAGACGAUUUUAUAUUUCCGCAGCUGAGAACUAUCGACGAGCAGCAACCAGAACGAGGACUUCCGUCGGAUGCAACAAUUAUAGAAAUUGUUGAAAAAAGUCAAGCUGAGGCAGUUCGUUUGCUGAAAAUCUUCGAGCUGGAUAAACCUGACUUUUCAGAAAGCAUUUAUAUCAGGGAACCGAAAACCAAGCGCGGCGACAAUGCCAACUUUGAAUUCGUUGCUGUGCCUGAACAUUUCGAACAAGAAACGGGCGUGGAUGUGUUCGAUAUAGAAGAAAUCAACAUGAACAUUUCGUCAGAGCUGCACGUUAAGGACUCCAAGGAUUGUAACAGUCGCAACACAUUCAAAAUUAGAGAUAAGAGUGGAAAAGUGGUUGAUGUCAAAAAAUCUACAUUCAUUUGGAUGUUGAAGGAAGAUGUUGAUAGUAGAGUUUCAACGGAUCGGGUUCACCGAUUCAACGAGAAGAGCAACAAGGAACCAAUUGUGUUGGUUCACGAAAAUCAAAUCCGCGAAAACGUUGUUGUUGGAGAAUGGCUUUUAAUUAAGUUCGAUAAUUCAUUCUUAGUAACUAAAGUGUACCAGUUUACAUACUUAAGUGGGAAGCGGAAAGCAUAUUCUGGACUGACGGCCCCGGUCGAGGCACCUGAAGGCGUUGAUAGGAAAGGAAUUGGACUCAGAGGAAACUUUUUUGAUUUGAUCUACAUAGAAGGUGAAUACCGGUUGGAAAUGGUUGAGAAAAGUGAAAAAAUGUGCGUAGAAAUUGAAAACUAUGUAUCCCAUCUGGAAAAACCAAAAUUCACCUCACAAGGGUUUGUUAUCUACUCUGGAAGAUCCGCUGAUUACCUUAGUUCGAAGAUUGUUUAGAAAGAAGCACUAAACACUAACAAAUACAUACAUAAAAGAUAUACAUAAACAAAACAUUAAACUGUUCUUUUUAUUAUUCCCAUCUCACUUAAUGGCUCUUCUGCUAUGGUAUUUUUUAUAUAUUUCUGUGGCAUUGUCCCAUUUACAUUGUUUUGUUUGAUUUGUCAUGUAAAUUGUUACUGAUUUUACUAUAAGAAAGGCCUUUUUUUCAUCUCGAUUUAUUAUACUAAUGUUUAUUUAGACUCAAAUCAAACAACCCAUAAUUAUUUAAAAUAUAAGUUCUACUUUGAUACGCUAUUUGAAACUUUUUUUUAAUGAUUUUCAACAGUAUUUAGAUUGAAGACCAACUAGAGCAGCGAUUCUCAACCUUCUUCUAGGCUGGUACCCCCUGCCAUGUAAAUCAAGUAGGCCCGGUACCCCCGUUGAGAAUCGCUGAACUAGAGGAUUGCAUAUUCUGGACUGACGGCCCCAAUCGUGGCACCUGAAUGCGCAAAGGAAACUUAUUUGAUUAUUUAGAUUGACAAAAUUGAACAUUAACAAAAUCCUCUCAAAUCAUAGCAUCGUCUCGUCAGAUUCCUCACAACUUUUGUUUCUUCAUUAUUGUUUUAAACUAGGCACAAGUGAAGAAAUUCAGUCCUUAGUGUGGCUGCUUUAAGACAUCGUCCAACUUUACCAAUUUCCGGUUGUCCUCAAACUACUCUUUGUUGAUGGCAAGGUUUACUGCUUUCCAUUUCCAAUUCCACUCAUCCAAUUUGCUUCCACAAUCUAACCAACCUGUUUCAAAAUAAUUUAACUACAUAAUUCAACCGACCGCUCCGUCUGGAAGUGACCAAAGUUGACUGCCAUGGUUCCAUAGCACAUCGGAUAAAGUGGGAAGAUUUCAUUUGAUUUGAAUUCCACAAUAUCUUCAAAAAAAAUGACAACAAACAACAUCCAUCGAAUUGUUUACGUUGUUUAAAGAAAACUGUCAAAAGCGAACAUCACAGAUGUGCGAGGAGAUGUGUUGGUUGUGUCGAGAUGUUAGCAGAUUUUGUCAGAUGUAAGCCGCUAUUUUUGAUUGCUUCGGAUUUCAUCGGAUUUCAUUGGAUUAAAGAAGAUGUCUCAAUUUUCGUUAUUUCUUUCGGGAUUCGAUGAUUUUUUAUAAAAUCCGGCUGUG